AUGGAAUUUACAUUGCCAAACACCAUAGAAACUCUCACACCAGAUGUUUCUAGAAUUAAUGAUGUACCCCCUUGUAUUGAUUCAUCAUCGACUGGGCAAAGUAAAGGUCGGUCAAACAUGUGGGAACAUUUUACUAAACAAAAACCUUAUUCUGAGAAGAAGGCUAAAUGCAAUUACUGUGGAGAUUUGAUUAAAUAUUUGGCUGGGACAAGUGGCAUGAGGAAUCAUUUGAUGAGAUGCAAAGAAAAUCCUAAUAGAGAAGUAUUCAAGAGGCAAAAACUUUCAUCAUCAACUAUAGAAGGGGUUAGUGUUGGCCCUUCGCCAACUAUUUCUAAAUUUGACCAAAAUGCAUCUCGAAUGAAGUUGGUGAAGAUGUUUGUGAAGUCUGAGCUUCCUUUUCGAUUUGUGGAAGAUGAUGACUUUCGUGACUUUGUAUGGUCCUUGCAACCACGAUUUGAAGUCCCAUCCCGCACCACAUUGAGGCGUGAAAUGUGGGAACUCUAUGAAGAAGAAAAAGCAAAGUUAAAAUUUUUUCUAUCAAAACAAUGUGGGAGGGUUUGCUUAACUACAGACACAUGGACUUCAAUCCAAAAUCUAAACUACAUGAGUUUGACAGCGCACUUUGUUGACAAUGACUGGAAGCUUCAAAAGAAAAUUUUGAAUUUUUCUCAAACAACAGGACAUUCAGGAGAGCUCAUUGCUAAACAUGUUGAGGCUUGUUUGAAUAAUUGGGAGUUGAAGCGGGUCCUUAGUAUCACUGUGGAUAAUGCUACAGCAAAUGAUGUUGGGGUCCAAUAUCUUAAAAGGAGGAUGUUAUCAUGGAAUUGUCUUGUCUUAAAGGGAGAAUAUGUCCAUAUGCGUUGUUGUGCACAUAUAUUGAGUUUGAUUGUGAAGGAUGGUUUAAAAGAGAUCAAAGAUUCAAUUUUGAAAAUUCGAAAUGCAGUUAAAUAUGUGAAGUCUUCUCCAGCUAGAUUUGCUAGAUUCAAGGCUUGUGUUGAGCAAGAGGGAAUUUCUUACAAAGGUAUUGUUUGCCUUGAUGUUGAAACCAGGUGGAAUUCAACUUACUUAAUGUUAGAGGCAAGCUUGAAGUACAAAGAUGCCUUUGUCUUGCUAGAUAUGCAAGACAAGAAAUUUGGUGUUGAAAUGGCCAAAGGUAAUGGUAGUGUGCCACUAGAAGAGGAUUGGGAAUAUGCGAGGUCUGUUCUACCAUUUUUAAAGAUGUUCUAUGACUCUACCAUGCGCAUUUCUGGUACUUCAUAUGUCACCAGUCAUAUGUACAUGAAGGAGGUGUUUGGAAUUGGUAAAAAGAUUCGACAAUAUUCUGAGAGUAGUGAUGUGAGCAUAAGGUUGAUGGCAUUGAGGAUGAAGGGAAAGUAUGACAAAUAUUGGGGAAAUCCUAAUGGAAUUAAUAUCUUAUUAUUGAUUGUUGUUGUGCUUGAUCCUAGGAGUAAGUUGGAUUUUGUUAAUUACUUCAUUGACUAUAUAUUUGAAUCUGAUAUGGCUAGUCAAUUGAAAUCAAAAUUGUUGUCAUCUUUGAAAACACUUUAUGAACAAUAUCAAGGUGUUGAGGAGGGUUCUCAAAGUAGCCAACAAGAAUCACAACUAGAUGAUGAAGAUGAUGAUCCUCAUGGCAUGAGUUUCUACCUAAGAGCUACUGGACGUAGAUUUGAUUAUAUAUCAGAGCUUGAUAAAUAUUUGAGAGAAGAUCCUGAACCUUAUACAAAGUUAGUUGAGCUUGAUGUUUUACAUUGGUGGAAAGUCAACUCAACUAGAUUUCCUAUCCUUGCAAACAUGGCUCGCGAGGUGUUGGCCAUUCCCAUCUAUACUGUAGCAUCAGAAAGUGCAUUCAGCACAGGCGGAAGGGUGGUUAGUCCUUAUCGUAGUUGCCUAACGCCUAAAAUAGUGGAAGUACUUGUUUGCACCCAAGAUUGGUUGAAAGGAACACCUUUCUCUAUACUUUUUGAUGAGGAUCCUAAAGAGCUUGAUAAAUUUGAGCAAGCCUGCAUUCCUGAUGGGACUUGUUUUUACCAAAUGGGCAUGUGCAUUCUUACUCUGUUGUUGUCUCAUCACUUCUGGGUGGAGGGUUUACAUGGGAGUUCUAAAGUGAGAGGAGUGAACUUAGGAGGGUGGUUGGUUAUUGAAGGUUGGAUCAAGCCUUCACUGUUUGAUGGCAUUUCCAAUGGAGACAUGCUAUUUGAUUAUGAUAGUUCUACUCCACCGAAACAAGCUUGGAGAAGGAGAUUAAACAGCCAUGCCAAUCUUCUUAAAGAAUUUAGAAUAACUUUUAUGGAAGCUAUAAAAAUGGUUCGACUAGGCAUUCGAAUUUGGUCAUAUGUUAGGGAAGAGGCUUCUCAUGGAAGGAAAGCACCUAUCGAUCCUUUCACUAGAGAAAGUUGCAAGCCAUCUAUCUUUGAAAAACAUGAGUCUUCUGGGGUGUUAAUAACUCAUAUGGAUGAUCUAUAUGUUGAUAUUGAAAAUACUCGUCAUUAG